GUAUGCUAACAUGGCAUACACUCAUUGCAUGAGUUACAUGUGUCUCUACUCUUUUCAGUACUAGCAAAGCACUGACAUCAUUUACAAUUAUUUAUGAAUCAUCAAUCAUCCACAAAAUGAACAAGAAAGCUCAGCUCAUCUUUAUUCCGUGGAGCUGGCCAAGCUUCUCGUUCACUACCACCACCACCUCUCCAUCACCGUCCUCGUCAUGAAACUACCUUCUAACUCCGAAGUCAAUGCCUACCGCGACUCAGUCUCUGCAGCCAACCGUAUCCACUUCGUUCAUCUUUACAAUGAUCACCUCCCAAUGUUGUGACUAUGACAUCUGUGCUUCCAGCUUGUAAUCCAAUGGGAAGUAUAGAGUUGGGCAAGCAACUUCACGUAUUUUCUAUCCACCAUUUGUUGGACCAAAUUGUCUUUGUAGGCUCUGCUCUUGUUGAUAUGUAUUCUAAGUCAGGGUCAAUUUCUUAUGCUGAAAAUGUGUUUGCCCAAACCUCUGAAAAAAAUCCUGUCACAUAUACCACAAUGAUAUUGGGUUAUGGUCAACAUGGGAUGAGCAAGAGAGCUGUCUCUUGGUUUUACAGAAUGCAAGAAUGUGACAGUGAACCUGAUGCUGUUACCUUUGUUGCAGUGUUGUCUGCUUGUAGUUAUGCCGGCUUGGUUGAUGAAGGUCUUCACAUAUUUGAGUUGAUGGAGAGUAAAUACAAGAUUCAGCCCUCAACUGAGAACUAUUGUUGUGUUGCGGAUAUGUUAUGUAGGGUUGGGCGGAUGGUUGAAGCCUAUGAGUUUGUCCAAAAAUUAGGUGAAGAGGGGAAUGUGUUGGAAAUUUGGGGUUCACCCGGUGCUUGCAGACUUCAUGGAAAAUCUGAAUUGUGAGAAGUUGUGGCCAAGAAGUUGCUUGAAUUAGAUACAAGAAACAAAAUGACGGGCUAUCAUGUUUUGCUCUCAAAUAUCUAUGCAGAAGAAGGAAACUGGGAAAAUGUUGACAAAGUAAGGAAAGAGAUGAGAGUAAGAGGGUUGAGAAAAGAAGUUGGAUGUUCUUGAAUUGAUAGAGGAGGUUAUGUGAACCGUUUUGCGUCUAAGGAUCAAGAGUAUCCGCAAAGUGAUGAGAUAUAUGAGAUGUUGGAAGGAUUAGCCAUGGAAAUGAAAAAUGCUGGUUAUAGGGCCAGCCGAAGCUCCAAUCUAGAUGCCAUCUCGCAGUUUAAUGAAUAAACAGGAAUAGUCGUUAUAGACUUUGAAAAUGGGAUAAUGAAAACUAUGUUUAGUGAAGGCAACUAGCUGCAAAAAUAUUGGCUGUUGAAAGGCCAGUAGUUGGUCAUUUAAUUAUUGUGGAUACAACAUGAUGGUAGGUCUAAAUGUUGGUCUUCUGUCAAAGCUGACAAUUUCAAUGAAUGCUCAACUUGCUCAGUUGAGCAGCUUAGCAGCAUGAUGUAAAUAAUCUGUAUGUUUGCAUGGUCUUUUGUGGUCAAGUUAACCAGUGGAGAAUAAAUUGAAGUGGAUAAGCUGCUCAACUUUAUUCAAACAUCCCUUAUCUCAUUGUUCAGGUAAAAUACAGAAAAACUCUCAUCUAGCACGAUGGUAAAAAUUUUGCCUUUAAAAAAAUUAUAUCACUCUAUGCUCAGAAGCAACAGGGCUUUAUUUUAUAUGGUCCAUCAAUUUCUUUAUUGGAUCUUUCACACUUUUUUUAACUGCGUGGCUGCUUUCUCAUUGCUUCUUAGUUAUGGAUAUCUUCUAUGUUCUU